AUGGUGCUGUACACGCUGAAGACGACUGAUGUGACGCCGAUGACAGUGACCAAAGCACGGAAGACUAAUAAUAACGGUGCUGCUGAAACGGCGGGGCCUGCACCGGGGGUGGCGUCACGUGACCGGUCGGUCUGUACCACUACAGGCGAGAAAGAGUCUUGUGAAAUGCUGAAUUAUUCCAAAGACGAGGACUGUAUCAUGAGCUCGUUGAUGGCCAAAUGUACCGGCCUGCACUACGUCAUCGAUCCGAAGAGCCCCAAGCUCGGCGGCCAUAACGUUUUUCACUUGACGAUAAUGGCCAUGAUCGCAUUCACGGUAGCCUGUGUGUCCCUAUGCCCGUUCGGCCUCUACCACUGGGCCAACGACAUGACGCAGUGCCUCAUCCAGCUUAUGAUAAUCGGAAACUUUUCGUUUGGAUGCUUCAAAGCUUAUAUGAUCGUCCGGCACUCUGACGACAUUCGGCGGAGUCUGGACGUGACGCGCUUCGAUUUCGUGUCCAGCGCCAUCGCGGAUCCCGAUUCGGCACGUUUCUUUCGAAGGUGUCGCAACGUGUCGGCGACGUUUACGGGUUGGUUCGCCGCCAUCAAUCAUUUCGUGCUGAUGCUGUGGACGCUGUUGCCGUUCGUCAUCGACAGCAAUAAAGUCGAAGUAAAGAAUCGCGACGGAUCGUUCAGCUACUACCACUUCAACCCGUACAACUUGUACUUCUUGGUGUCCAGCGAGACGUACAACGAAUGGCAUCUCGUCUUCCACUUAAUCGAAUGGAUGUUUGGCUUGAUUUUCAUACUGGUCAUGAUACUCUUCGACACGUGGAUGGUCACGUUGUGCAUCGCGAUAACGUGUCAGAUGAAAGGCAUAGCCGAUGCUUAUAGAAAACUAGGACACUGUCGUAGUAGGACUGCACCAAAUGCCUGGUUCGGUGAUGAAAUUGAAUCAGCUGAUAGUUCAAAUAACGAAUAUGUAAGAGAUUUGAAAUUGGUCAUAAAGCAUCAUCAAGCAGUAUUGGGGAAAAUGAACGAUUUUUAUAAAAUCGUUGGCCCGGUUAUUCUUCCUCAAUUAAUAGUGGCUUCAUUUACAAUCAUAUUUGUUUCAUUUAUUAUUACAAGGAAUUAUUUUAAUGGCAUGUUACUAACGUCUACAAUAUCACUAAAAAUGUGCUGUUGCCCUACAUUUUUCUUUCAAAUAUAUUAUACUUGCCUCGUAUUUGGAAAUAUCGAUCAUCAGAAAAACGUCAUGAACUUUGCGCUUUACUCUUGUGACUGGACACAUAUGGAAAUUAAAUUUAAAAAGUUACUUUUAUUGGCAAUGGAAAUGCAUGAUGCCUACAAAGUGGACAUGAAAUUAACCGCAGAAAUGAUUGUCAACUUAGAACUAUUUACUAGCGUCAUCAAUUUGUGUUAUUCAAUUUUUUCGGUCUUAGUCAAUUCUCAAUUGAAGAUAGUAGAUCGACUAUAAAUUAGUUGUUGUCAUUGAAUAUGCAACGUUAUUAAUGUAGUAAUAUAAAUAGGUAAGUGUUGAAACUAAA